CAGCCUGGUUGCCUUGGAAACCUCAGAGUGCGGCUGCGCCAGCAGACCUGCAAGCGUGAGGAGCGAGGCUGAGGCUCAGGCAUGGAACUGCCCGAUCCAGUACGCCGGCGGCUGGGAAACUUCAGCCGGACGGUGUUCCGCGACUCCAGCUGGACUGGGCCAGAGCACAGUGAGGAUCCGGAUAAUGAAGUGAACUCCAGUAUGGCCCUGCAGAUGGCACUUUAUUUUAAUACUUACUUUUUCCCACUUUGGUGGGUAGGCUCCAUUCUGAUGCUUCAUAUGAAGUAUUCAUUCUUGCCUGAUUACUACAAAUUCAUUGUGAUUACUAUUAUUGUCCUCGUAACCCUAAUUGAAGCUAUCCGGUUGUACCUGGGCUACAUGGGUAACCUGCAGGAGAAGGAUUCGGGCAAUCACAAGUCAACAUGCAAUCUUCACCAAAGACAAAAACACUUGUUCACAGCAAACCCAGCUGCAGUUGAUAACAUGAGACAUAUCAAGAGCAAAUCUGAAUGCACACGUGCCAGUAAAGAAAUUUUUAUUAUUUCAGUAGAGAAAAUUCCACCCUCUAUUCCAUUCAGGGCCAAAAACAAAGUCAGGCAAGUAGAAAAUAUGCUGGAAACAGUGGGGAACUGCCCAAUGGAAAUAUUCCUUCUCUAGUCUCUGUAACUAUUUCAAACAGCAGUGCUUUGGCGCUGGAAGAUGAAGAAUCAGUCACCACUCAGCCUUGGGGAAAACCUACCUUUGGCAUGUUUCAUCAUAACUGCUUACUGAGAUGCUGUACCACUUAAGAGUACUUUAUCCAUUUUUAAGCCUCAGUGGAUGCAAGUGGUACAUCUGCCAGUCUCAAAUUAGAUGGUAAAGGUAUCUAUGGAAGACUUUAUAGUUUUCAAGUUUAAUUCCUUGAGUCCACUCUCUGUAUCAACUAAAAGAGAACCAAGUAACCAAUAAAGUGUGUGUGUGUGUGUGUGUGUGUGUGUGUGUGUGUCCCAUGUUUUGUUCUUUUAAAAAUCUGUCACUGAGCAGAGAAGUUAAGGUUGAGGAAAUCUUUAAUUCCACUCAACAAACAAAACCAACCAAACAGAAAACACCGGAAUAAAACAGAGAAAGCUUGCAAACAGGAAUUCAGUGGAAACUUUAAAAACUCCAUCCUCUUAGUAGGUUGGGGAUUUUGUUUGUUUCUUUAUUGAUUUCCCUAAAGUCAGGAUCUACUUCCAGAGAUUCCUUGUCCAACUACGGAGGAAAUUUAAUUGCUGGCAGAAUUACAGUUGGGUCGUGUAUAUCUGAAUUAUUGCGAUGCAAUGGCAGUAAGGACCCUUCCCUGCUAGUUCUUUUAUGAUUGUCCUAAGUAUCAUAGAUUUUGUAACUUUGUUUCAAAAAU